GCUUUAAUACCAACGGACCCAUCAAAACAAGCAGCUGAUCAAAUGAUCUUAGUUCCUGUUUUUAUUGUAAUUUCAAUUAAUUUAUUACACUUCGUAGGUUAUUGUUGACGUUUGUAUUGCCACUAUCGCUGGUUAAUGGACAAUCUCUAAAAACGGAGAAAAAACUGUAAAUUAGUCGAUAUAAGCGUCUAUGAUGACAUCUAAACCUACAUGUCUGAUAGUGGCCAGUUCUGCAUCUGCAGGAGUUUCAGCUCGAUCGUUCAACCAGUGUUUCAAUUUGUGCAGUUCAGUGUUUAACGUGCAGACAGCGACACCUGGCGGGAAGACAAUCGACUUUGCAGGCGUGGAUGACAGCACAGCCCGAUGGGUGCAAGAGUUCAGUGUCAAACCCUACGCCAACCCGGCCAAACUCGAGUCUAUCGAUGGUGCCCGCUAUCAGGCGUUGUUGAUUCCCGACUGUCCGGGAGCCCUGAAUGAUCUCGCCCACAGCGGGUCCCUCGCCCGAAUCCUGUCCCACUUCGUUUCUCAGCAAAAGCCCGUGUGUGCUGUGGGACAGGGCGUAGCUGCUCUCUGCUGCGCUACAGAGGAACACAAGUGGAUAUUCAGUGGCUACAGCAUGACUGGGCCCUCUGUGUUUGAGCUGGUACGUUCUCCAGAAUUUGCCAACCUGCCGCUUAUUGUGGAGGAUUUUAUCAAAGACAGUGGUGGAUCUUACACAGCGAGCAUCGAGGACGCAGUUCAUGUGGUCCUGGACCGCCAUCUUGUGACUGGGCAGAACACGCAGUCCACAUCAGCGGCCGUCAACAACCUGAUUCUUCUGUGCAAUUCCAGAUAAACGCUUCAGCUGUUCAGAAGAGAACGAAUUAACAAGCCAACUUCACCAAAUCUGAUACUAAGCACAUGUAUCCACAAAAAUACACUCUUCACUCCAAAUGCAUUUCUCACACCACAUUUUUGAGACAUUUCUGACUUAAAGUAGGCCUACAUGUUCUGUCUACAAAAUAUGAAUGUUUAAUUUGAAUGCUUGAAAGGAGCACACGACGAUUUAUAGAUUUAAACAUGUUCUUUAAAUGGAUAUCAAAGCAUUACACUGUAAUAAAAUACUUUCCCCCACCUGGAACGCAAGUAUUCAGUAUACAGUCAUUCUUAUUGUUAACGUGAUUAUCAAUUAUAUUCUUUUGUUUAUUGAAAGUGUUGUUGGUAAAGCUCGAUUUGUUUUCAACAUUCCUUUUAAAGUGUAAGAUGGGGAGUUUAACACAGGAAAUACUGUGGUUUUUUCAUAUCACGUGUGCAGAUCUAUGGUGUGUGAAGAGGAAGGAACAACGAAUCAAGAAUGAACAACUGUUUUACUUUAUCUUUUUAACUGCUGUAAUGUUUUGAUUUGCUCCACAAAAGGAAUCACAUAUGUAAUGUG